AAAAAAAAAAAAAAAAAAAAAAAGCUCCUAAGAAUUAUACAAAAGUAUCAUUACUUUCAACCAACCAAUUAUGACUUUAACGACAUCAAUGAUGACCCUUUAUCCGCCCCACUCAACUUUUAAAUACCCUUCAUGGUACACCCUCCGUCCGGCGUCUCUUCCUCAUGCACCCAUCUCGCGCUCCAUCACCCAUCGCACCCAUUGCACUUGUAACAACAUAACGCACACCUUACAUAGCCCAGCCCUACCUUCUAUUGCACGACCCCUUCCUUACUCCUACCAGGCUUCUCUUACGAAAAAUCAAUAUAGAGCAUAUCCUCUUCCAAUAUGACUACUGUUCGUUUCUGUAGAAAAUAAAGUACCUGUACAAAUCAA